ACAUCUGAGACAGUUACCUAAAAAACAUGAUGUACCACACAGCUGCAGUCAGCGUGUAGUUUCGUUGCCAUCAGCAAUAACCAUGUUUUGACGCACAUACAACAGGAAAUAUGAGAUCACGUGGGUAGUUUGGCACUGUUGACCUCUUGGUGGAGACAUGAGUAUCAGUGAAAUGGUCGCAGGAUUAGUCAUUUUCCCACCUCGUCAAACCACACCAAUCUGAAGAGACCCCUGCAUGCAUGAUGACAGGCUCUAUAAAUAGAAACAAACCCUAUUUAUAAGACUCCCAAACACUCAGGAGGGAAGCAGCAGCUUUUAUCAGAAGAUCUGACCGAUAACUUUCUUAUCCAUUUUUUUUUUAGAAUUAUUUGUAUUGUGUUUUGAGAUGCAUUGCCUGAGCAGGACGCCCAGGUCGUAUCUGCUGAACUCCUACAGUGAUUUACAGGAGGCUGAUGAGCUUUCCAGAGAAUCUUAUGAAGCCACCUGGUUAGACCUGCUGAUGGAAACCAGGCCAGAAUACAAGAUGACUCUUGUUGAGAAGGACUCCAUGAAAAAGGAGAGCUACGAAAGCAAGCAGGUGGUUCACUUCACAGUGCGCAGAUUCCCAAACCAGACCAUUCAGAUGGGCAGAGACAGGGAGCCAAUGCAGGAGUAUCGUUUACCAUACAAAAACAUUCUCCCAAUACCAAUAUUUGUGCCCAGAGACGUGACUCAGCCUGACGUGACCCGCUCGCCCUCACCCUCUACAGUCAAAUCCAGCACAGACACCGAGGCUAGUUUAAGCGGAGUGUGUCUUCAUAAGAGAGAGAUCUCGUCCAUCACGGAACACAAGCCAAUGGUAAUCCAACCCAGGAGUCCAGACUUCAGAGCGUCCAGCCUCAUCUCUCCACCGCGGGACACACUGCACUUCCAGAGACGAGAGUGAUGAGCUGGUGAAAGCUGACUGCCAUCAUGGACAUGGAUACACAGACGAGUAUGGUUUGUGACAUCUCUGCUAGAUCAUCAACAUCUAUUCAAAACUGACAGUUCUUGGAAAUAAGUAUGAAUUAAUGCUUUUUUGACUGUGAAUCUCACUCAUGUAUUUUUGAAAUUACAGCACACAAUAAAAAAAAAGAAUUAAAA